AUGAAAAACAAUGAUACCCACGAGGACAGCGGCUCAUCACUCGGUGUACACCCGCUGUCGUUUGCAUUGAGCAAAUCAGUCGAUUCUAUGUCACAAAGAAAACUGAGCGUUUCUGCUCUAAUUGUUGUGCCGCUCGUAGUGUUGGGACAGAGUUUCUCGCACUUCAACCCAAUUAUCAAUAUAUUUGCCGUGAGAUUAGUGAAAGGCACGCGAGUAGUGGUCUCCCGAUCGCAAACGUGUACAUCAGACCAUUCAAAGCAGUGGACACCGCACUCGCAUACGAGCAAAACCGCGGCACUGGAGCUGCACUGGCAAUCAGUGGCGUGCGGGCGAACCCAACACCAGAUCGAGUUGACAGAACAGGCGCGCAUUUGGGUCAUGUCAUCCAAUGCCAACCCCGACACCGACUCCUCCCUCACCCCCACCACCAGCACAGCCACACGCAGGCGACAGCUCCACCACAACCCCGUCCACAGCCACAGCUCAUUCCCUUCACAGUUCUUGAUGGCUCACAACGGAUGGGUUAUGGGUGACGAUCCGCUCAGGAAUUUUGCUGAACGAGGUUGUAAUGUGUAUAUACGGCGAGAGUUGAUAGCGUGGGGCGAUUCAGUGAAACUACGGUACGGCGCCGGACGCGACGACUGUCCCUUCUUAUGGUCACAUAUGGAGAAAUAUGUGACACAAAUGGCCACAAUAUUUCACGGCAUUCGUCUCGACAAUUGUCACUCAACGCCUAUACAUGUGGCCCAACAUCUGUUGGACUGCGCCCGACGUGUGAAUCCAGACCUGUAUUUAAUCGCCGAACUCUUCACAGCACACGAAAGCAUUAAUUCACUCAUACGAGAGGGACUGUCAGCACACGAUUCCCACGAUUUGGGUCGUCAGGUGUAUAGGUUUGGUGGCGAACCUAUUGGCGCCUUUCCCGCCGAACGCCUAAACAGCGGAUCUUCUGAAUUAUUGGUGCUUCCGUUGCGACCGACUGUAAGUCACGCCAUAUUCUUUGACGUCACGCACGACAACGAGUCGCUUAUUGUCCGCCACUCAGCCUAUGAUCCGUUACCGUCGGCCGCAUUAAUCUCAAUGACAUAUUCGGCGAUCGGCUCUAAUCGCGGAUUUGACGAAUUGGUUAAUCAUCACAUCAAUGUUGUCCACGAA